GUUGCUGGGUGAUGGUGAGGGUGUGAGUGAGCAUCUGCUUGAUAAAUCACUGCUGGCAAUCGACCGGGACUCGCCGCCGGUUAAUGGUUACGGCUCGGCUCCUGAGUUAUUAGCUGGCUUAGGUGGCCGCACUCUUACCGGGUUUACAAUUUCUAAGAGAUGCAUUUCGCUCCAAAGUGGAGUUGUGGGUACUGGACUGUAUUGCGAAAUCAAUGUGAGUGAUGAUACAAGAGACCUUUUACCUACCAGUGGAACAGUACGAAUCGUUGAUACUACACUUGUAUCCACAACAUCUGAACCGGAUUAUGUCGAUGUACCGAUUAGAAUCUACUUCGAUGAAGAAACUAAUUCUGUGGUUUGUGAACGAUCAUUUCCCGCCAGAACAAAGGUGAAGCGCAGCCAUAUUGAUCACAACUACCUGAUGAAUCCGGUUGUCUACCCGUCCACAGUUAUGCUCAGUUUAAAGGCAACUCCACUCACAAGGCUGGCAGAACCAAAUAAUGCUAAAUCUCUAGAAGGAUACGAGUUUAAACUGAACAGCUACAGAGGCAACUUUGAUGUGACAAAGGCAUUUGGCAUUCUCUACUUGAAUAAUACAAUAGGUCUCAACAAAUACAGCAAUAUCAUGUUAAACAUCAGUUGGGUAGGACCAAAGUUGGGACACAAUGGUUCGGUCAUAAUAAAUGUGAAUAUUUCAACACUUGGAAUGUCUCCGUGUGGAACUAAUAAUAUUAGCAAUAUCAACGCUUGGUCGACAUGUUCUGAAAAGGAGAACGAGAAAACAUGCAUUCAAAGAUGCGGUCUUGGAACCGGCAAUUUCCUAGACUCCAGUGCUAAUAGCCCAGUUGGCUGUGUUUGGAGAACACCAACAGACACUGAUGGAAAAUCAAAUGGCAAUUCACUCACAAGAAUAGGCUAUUACACAUGUGUGACCAACCCAAGAACUUGUCCAGAUAACUGGUGCGAUCCUCACGAAGAAUUAAAUCCCAGGUUGUGUCCUCAAGAUUGCACAGAGUCAAAAUUCAUCUUUGGUAUAUUGAAUCCAUCAAAUAAAGAGCGAGGAAUAGGAUGGACAGUUGGAUUGUGCACCUGUGAUCACACAGCCAAAUGCACUUGCUCAUCCCUCAAUACCAUUAGUACUCAGAAAAAGUCGAACACCACAUUAGAUGCUUCUAAUCAGAAGAAAGCCAAUGGAACCAGGAAAAAGUUCAAUUCAACAUCAACUACAACAACCACUAUUAUGGCAACGUCAUCACCAAUUUAUCAAGUCAGUGAUGAGCACAUCUUCGGUGGAUAUCACAUGUGUGGAACUGCGUGUCUUUCGGCUGUGAUGACUAUCAGCAUUAUAUUGUCAGCAAUCAUAACUCUGAUUGUUUGCAAAUUUGUUGGUGAAAGUGCAAGGAGAAAGAUGAAACCGACCGGUACUAAUUCCAAUAUUCGAUCCACGGAUACCCUUAUCACAUUGGAGCCAAUUGCUUCUCCUGUCAAUGAGUCGCCAGUUGACACUGAUUCUGCAUUGUUGAUUGAUCCCGAAUGGGAGUUUCCCAGGGAAAGAAUGAAGAUUGAUUUUUGCCUUGGAGAAGGAGAAUUUGGAAAAGUUUUGAAAGCUCAAGCGACAAAUAUCGCUGGCAUACCUGGUGUGACAACUGUGGCGGUGAAAACGUUGAAAGAUGGAGCCGGCGAGGCCGAAUUGGCAGACCUGCUUUCCGAGUACCAGAUGCUGAAGGAACUUUCGCAUCCCAAUGUCAUCAAGCUGCUUGGCGCGUCUACUGCUCCUGGGGGACCCGUCUAUCUAAUAAUGGAGUUUGCCAAUCACGGAUGUCUCAAGAGCUAUUUGAGAAGACAUCGACCUGUGGAAAAUACUAAUAAUCCUGGAGUGGCUGCUAGAGCUGUGAAUGAGCACAGUGUUACACCCAAAGAUAUUCUCAGUUUUGCUUGGCAGAUAGCGAAAGGAAUGGCAUAUCUUUCAGAUAUGAAGCUAGUUCACCGUGAUUUAGCAGCUAGAAAUGUUCUUGUUGCAUCAGGAAAAGUGUGCAAAAUAUCAGAUUUUGGUCUGACGCGAGACAUCUACAUGGAUGAAACUUACUUAAAAAGAAGUAAAGGAAAAGUACCAGUGAAGUGGAUGGCUCUGGAGUCGCUAUCAGAUCAAAUCUACACAAUCAAAUCGGAUGUUUGGGGAUUUGGUAUUCUUCUUUGGGAACUAGUGACAAUGGGAUCUUCACCGUAUCCCGGCAUUGCUGUUCAAAACUUGUUCUUCCUUCUAAAGUCUGGCUACAGAAUGGAAAAGCCCACGAAAUGUUCAGAUAAAUUAUACGAUAUCAUGACGUCUUGUUGGUUUGAGAAUCCAUCUCAAAGACCAACAUUCCAUCAAUUGGAACAUUCUUUGGAGACAAUGUUAGAGGAUGGCAUUGACUAUUUGGAGUUGGAUACAUGGUUUGCUUCCAAUCGCCUCUAUUUCUCUGACCUUCUCCAAAAAGACACUACUUUGGAUUCUGGCAACUCAUCUGAUACUGAAAAUGCAAACAACGCAUUUGAAGGUGUUGCAGAAGCAAUGCAACAAAACAAGAUUCUCAACGACAAGACAAGUGAUAAUAAAGGGACAGACAGUGCUAAUAUAGAAGCACAUUACGCUAAUGACAAUGUUACACUAAACACCUACAAAAACUUUCCAAAUAAUGAAAUGUAUGCUAAAAUGGCCAAUGGUUAUGUUAACUGCAAACCAAAUGAAGUCUGAAGAUGUUAUAUUAAAUCUAUUUUGUUCGCUUA